GAUCACUGCAACAGCACCUUCCCUUCAAACAUUGACAAGAAAACCAUCUUCAGAGCAUCUGUCAGACAUCUUUCUCCACCAAAGAGACGAGAAGAUCCUGCCGGCAACAGACGCAAAGAUGGCUCGUCUGUGCUGGAUGGUUGUGGUCCUGGCCUUCUUCCUGUAUGACAGUGUGGCUGCUAGGGAACAAAAUAUCCUUGACCUCCGUGACACCAUCCCACAGGACCAAGACCCAAAUGCUCUCCAGCAAGUCUCUAAGGAUGACCCAGAGGGUCAAGUGUCCCAGGGGCAGGGGCUAGGCGGGGAAGAGGGUGCAGUCCAGUCAACGGGCACAGACACAGGCGAAGAAAUUGGUGAAGCCAUAGGCACACAAAUAACCACAGGCAAAGGUGGAAAAGGGGGCAAGGGUAAGCGUAAGAAGGGCGGCAAACGUAGAAAAGGGGGCAAGGGUAAGCGUAAGAAGGGCGGCAAACAUAGAACAAGGCGCAGGGCUAUGGGUAGGGGAGGCAGCAAACGUAGAAAAUGGCACUUUGGUAAAUGAUGAGCCCAACGUAGCGCAGAAGGAAAUAGCGAGAGCAACGAGUAAGAGAAACAGAUAUUGGGACUUGUUGCCCUGGGGCUGAUUGGACUGCAGUGAUACAGCUAAAAUAACUUCAUAAGGACCUGAGAAUCUGAGCAGCAACCCAGUGAAGCUCACUGAGAAAAAAAAAGUGCCUUAUGCUUAAUACAAAUGUGCUUGUUUCUUUUACUUCCUCUAGAUUUAAAGGUGCACUAUGAGUUCCUGCAGGGUCACUUCUGUUGACGUUCCAAGUAAAUUCAAAACUAAACAGAGCAAACUCGCUCCUCCCAUGACUGCCAUGACUAACUAACUCACUGUCACUAACCCCGUCCCCCAACCAUCUAGUCGGAGAUUGGCUGCAGUGGUUUGUUGUAUUUUGGUGCACAGCCUGUGCCCCUAGCGUUUGUUUGACGUUUACGACCCCUGGAUUGUCUCCCGAUACGGGCGUUUUCACGGUGUAUUCAGGGGGGGCAGGCAGCUAUAGCGGAUCAAGGAGAGAUGCCUACAAUUUGAGACCAAAAUGAUAUCGCGCUGAAAACAUGCAGGAACUGCACCUUUAAUGACUUCCUUCUGAAAUGUGUUAAUACUAUGGCUGUGACUCUUCACUGGUCUCACGAUUCAAUUCGAUAUCGCGAUGCAUCACGAUUCAUCGCGUGAGUCACCUAUCAUUAUUGUAUAUUACUGCACAUGGUUUUCAUCAACAAAUUCAAGCAGUCAGAUAUACUGUAUGUGAACUUCCCUUUUUUUUAUUGUAU